GUUAGAUAAAGACAAUUAUGAAGUCUGUAAAUAAUACGAUAAGAAUCGGCACUCAAAAGUACUCCAAAAUUUUAUUAUGAAAACAGACAGCAAAAGCAUAGGGUUUUAAAAGUUCCAAGAAAAACGAAUCAUCACAUAACACUUGAUCCAAUAAACAGAUUCAAUUAAAUGAAGGAUUGUGCAACUAAGAAGAUGGACUUUAAAUUAGGGAAAAUGAUUGGUUCUGGAUCACAGGGCCAAGUUUAUCAGGCUAUGAACAUGGACACAGGAGAAAUUGUUGCAUGUAAAAAAUUGCUAAAUCACUUAAAAGAUCAGUAAAAAUUCGAUGUAAGAUGUACAGUCUUAAUUAGGUCGAAUUGUCUUUUCUUUAAAUUCUUUAACAUAAGAAUAUCAUAAAAUAUAUCUCUCAUGAAAAUACAAAGGAUGGCAUCCUAAUUUACUAGGAAUUUAUGCCAAUGGGUACUUCUAACUUCUAAAUCUUAGGAUCUAUUUCUUAAUUGCUAAGUGAUUUUGGGCCAAUCAAAGAGGAGACCGUGAAAAGAUAUACUCAGUAAAUUCUCAACGGCUUGGAGUAUUUGCAUAAAAAAGGGAUAUUGCAUUUAGAUCUGAAAUCAAGCAAUAUAUUACUCGACUCUAAUGGAUAUGUGAAGAUAUCCGAUUUUGGAUGUAGUAGGCAAAACAAAGAAAACUUAUAUUAAAGCAUUUUGCAAGGCAGUGUUCCAUGGAUGGCCCCUGAAGUAGUCAGAUAAGAAAGAAUUGGACCUGCUUCAGAUAUUUGGUCCUUCGGAUGUUUGAUUCUAGAAAUGAUAACAGGUAGACCUCCAUGGAGUGAGCAAAUAAAUUUUGAUAAUCCAGCAACUAGCUUAUUAAGUAUAGGAUUGAGUGGAGAAUACCCUAGAAUCCCUGAGAGAGCAUCGAUAGAAAUGAAGGAAUUUUUGUUGAUGUGCUUCUCAGUGGAUCCAUUGUAGAGAGCUACCAUAAGAUAACUCAAGUAGAGUGCUUUUUUAUAGUGA